AAAAAAUGCCUUUGGAUUUCAAGUUUGAAAUUGGUAACCCAUUCUUGUUGGGUAAUGCCAUCGGUUUCUUGGGUUAUGCUGGUGCUUGUAAACUUCAACGUGUUCACUUCGUCAGAAGACCUUGGCACUUGAUUACCACCAUGUUGCUCACUGGUACUGGUUUCCAAGCUUAUAGUGGAGCUCAUGAAAGUUUCACUGAUGAUUUGGUCAGAAAGAGAAGACUGUACGUUCAAAGAAGAAGAAAGAGAUUCAACUCCUCCGAUGAUGUUGCUGACAGAGUCAAUGAUGACAAGGACUUGUACAAAAACAUUUCAAAGGAUUUGGCUCAAUAAGUGGACCAUUACUAUAGUAACAUUUUAAUUAUUUACGAUUUUCAUAAACAAUAAAAAAACCAAAUAUUUAAAAUUGGGAAAUUAUCGAGAAUUAAAA